AUGUCAUUUUACUACAGCCACUGGAGCUUCCUGAAGAAGUGGUUGUUUGAGGAUAUGCUUGUAUGCUGGGACGGCUUAGUUGAGUUUGCACCCGGGAUGAUGAGCCAGCCAGCCAGCAACGGCCUCUUCGCCUCGCGCUUCCUCGACGAGAUCCUCAUCCGCCAGACAGCCAGCCAGAACGGACUGCUCAUCCACCAGCUGCUCCAGCUCGACGACUCCACCAUCAUCCCCCUCACAGCCAAACAGCUCCAGGCACUCGGCCGCAUCGACCACCACCAGAACAUCCAGCCGAGCCCAGAAACCCUGGACAGCCAACAGCACCAGCAGCCCGAGCCAGCCCCGCCGCCGAGCACGAAGAGAGGACCCCGGACCAGCCUCGCCGAGCCGACCAACAACCUCAUCAGAGUCCCCUCCUCCUCCUCCUCCUCGGCCGCCGACUUCUCGCUCCUCCACCACCACCACCACCAUCACCAGCAAGACAUCUCCAUCCCCGCGCUGCCCGAGCCCUCCAACCACACCCACGCCCUCGCCAUCCUCCCCUUCUCGUCCCCCGCAUCCGCCUCUGGCCCCGGCCCCGCCCCGCCCGCCUUCCCCGUCCAUCCGCCCGUCGAGCCCGCCCCGCCCGCCGUCCUCCUCCACCACCCAUCCUCCUCCACCCCGCACCCGCUCGCAUCGCCCCUGCUCUUCCCCCUCCCCUCCUCCUCCUCCGCUGCUGCCCCGCCCCCGCCGACCAUCAACCAGGCCAUCCACUCCAUCCAGCUCCUCCUCAACUACCUCCCCUCCACUACCACCAUCACUAACCACGAAACUAAACUCACCUUCUCCCUCAUCAACGACCUCGACACCUACCGCCUCUACCUCCUCAAGAAAAUCAACCCCCCCGCCGAGCCCCCCGCCCAACGCCAGCCCGACCCCCCCUCCUCCUAG